ACUCGGAGUACUCGAGAACUAAAAAGAAAAAAAACAAAAAAAAAAGAGCAAAAACCGCAAGGAGAGAGAGAGAGAAGCACGAGGAGGAGCAACGAGCGAUUGCUUCCGCCCCCCUCCCGCCGGCGUCGAUCUUCGCCGAGCAGCGGCGCCGCCCGUCGUCCUGCUGUCCUCCGCUGCAUCCUCUCUCACCGCCACCAUCCGACCAGCCACGCUCUCCUCGAAGAUCUGGAGGCUUCGCUCUUGGUUUUCCUUGACGUUGGCACUAAUCACGCUCCGAUUGAGAUAUUAAUUCAGCCAGACAUCACCCUACAUCGUUGCUUGUUACUCAUGUAGCACUUCUGAUUGAAAGUCCGGAGCCAUUACUACUGCUUCCUAAUCCAGAGCAAGGGUGAUGAGAAAGUGCAAUGUAUCAGCCAAAUCCUAUUUCUAGCAGUGGUCACACUCAUGGCAAUCCUUCCACUCAUGAGCAAAUGGAGUUAGGGGGCAACGCUAUGGUCCCUAGUAACGGAGGGAACAACAACGCUAACAUGGCGGCAAGACAACGGUUACGUUGGACAAAUGAGUUGCACGAUCGUUUUGUGGAGGCUGUUACUCAGCUUGGUGGGCCUGAUAGAGCUACUCCUAAGGGUGUUCUUAGAAUUAUGGGUGUGCCUGGACUGACAAUAUACCAUGUGAAAAGCCACCUACAGAAAUACAGGCUUGCAAAGUACAUUCCAGACCCUUCAGCUGAUGACAACAAAGCUGAAGAUAAAGAUUCAGGGAAUCUGCUUGCUGCACUUGAAGGUUCAUCCGGAAUGCAGAUUUCUGAAGCCCUGAAGUUGCAGAUGGAGGUCCAGAAGCGGCUACAUGAACAAUUAGAGGUGCAAAGGCAGCUACAGCUGCGAAUUGAGGCACAGGGCAAGUAUCUCCAAAAGAUCAUUGAAGAGCAGCAGCGAGUCAUUGGCGCAGGAUCUCCCAGAGACACGUCAAGCGAACAAUUGCCUGAAUCCGAGAGAACUAACCCACCAACUCCAGUACCAACUUCCGAAUCUCCUGUCCAGGGCGCGCCCCGUAAAAAACUGAAUGGGAGCCAAGUUGAGCCGACGAAGAGCCCUUCGCAUGAUGAUCCUCCCCCUCAUGGUGAACCUCUAACACCUGACUCCAGCUGCCGGCCUGGUUCUCCCACCCUCAGUCCAAAGCAUGAGCGUGCAUCCAAGCGGCAAAGGGGCAGCGACGACGCAGGCGAUGGCAGCGCGUUUGCAGAUGGAGAAUUUGUGCUCCCACACAGCAUCUUUGAGUCGAGCACGGGAUCAGAGUUCCAACAAUGUUCGAUGCCUUAUUCAGGCCAGUAGCCUCUGGUGCUCGGAGCCAUCAAUCAGUCCAUCACCUUGACAAAGCUUAUAUGGUGCAUAAAACAUGGUAAGAUUUCGUCUGUAGCCGUCGGUAGAUUUUGGCCUUGUCAACAGAAAUACCUUUAGACAGAGUCUAGGUUUCAUAAGGACAUUGGGCGCAUGACGUGCUGUGUAGCUGUAACUCUUGCAAUGUCGUUAGAUGUUAAUGGGGACUAAUGUGACUGAUAUUUAAUUAAAAGUUAUUAUUUUCAAA